AUGCAUGUUGUAAUUAUUCAUCCAGAUUUGGGGAUUGGUGGAGCAGAAAGACUAGUUGUGGAUGCAGCUGUUGCUAUGCAACAAAAUGGACAUCAAGUACAAUUUGUAACGAAUCAUUACGAUCCAAAACAUUCUUUCUCUGAAACACCGAAAUAUGACAUUAAAAUUGUUGAUGUAUUCCCACGAUCUAUUUUUGGAAGUGGAUAUGCCUUGUGUUCUUAUAUCAGAAUGUGUAUUGCAGCUUUAUACGUUUGCAUAUUUUUAAAGAAAACAGAACUUGUAUUUUGUGAUUCUGUUUCAUCAUGUUUGCUCAUUUUCCGAAUAUUCCGAUUGCUUGGUUUGUUUAGCGCACCAGUUAUUUUCUAUUGUCAUUAUCCAGAUCAGUUGUUAACGGAUAGGAAAGGUAUGGCGAAAAAGUUAUAUCGCAUCUUUAUCGAUUCGUUUGAGACCUGGACAAUGACAAUGGCGGAUUCGUUGUGUGUGAAUAGUCAAUUCACAAAAGAAGUUGUGAAUAAAACUUUUCCAUCACUUCGUGGUCGACGUCUCAAUGUACUUUAUCCAACAUUAAAUACCAAAUUUUUUGAUAACUGUGAAACUGUUGAUUUAAAUGAAAUCCCAUCAGAAAUGAAGCAUGUUUUCUUGUCGAUAAACAGAUACGAAAGGAAGAAAAAUAUUGCGUUAGCUUUGGAAGCAUUUGACUUGCUCAAAAGGAAAAUUUCGGAGGUCGAUUAUCAAGGUUGUUUUCUAAUUAUUGCCGGUGGUUAUGAUCUUUCAAAUGAAGAAAAUAUUGCGCAUUUUGUUGAGUUGGAAAAUAAAGCAGCUGCUUUAAAUUUAUCUAAAGAACAGUAUCUGUUCUUGAAAUCACCAUCUGACCAUAAGAAACUCAGUUUGCUCAAGCGUGCACUAGCAGUAUUAUACACAUCUAGCAAUGAACAUUUCGGCAUAGUACCCAUAGAAGCGAUGUAUAUGCGAUGUUGUGUGAUAGCACCAAAUAGUGGCGGACCCCGCGAAACCAUUGUUGAUCAAGAAACUGGGUUUUUAGUGGAUCCAGAUGCAAACUCAUUUGCCGAGAAAAUGGCGGAACUUGUCGAUAAUAGUGCUAAGGCUAUGUUUAUGGGUGAUGCUGGUCGUAAAAGAGUUCGAGCUAUUUUUACUAUGGAUAAUUUUGCUAAUCGUUUAGAAACUUUAAUGAAGGAGGCUGUAUCAGAUUUUAAGAAGUGA